GGAAGCUGGCGAGUCUCUAGAUCAUAUCUUCCUUCAUUGUCCCUUUUCCCUGAAUAUUUGGAUCCGAGUGCUACGGGAAUUUGGUUUUUCAUGGGUAAUACCAAAGAGGGUGGCGGAUCUUAUGACGGUGUAGAUGAAUGUUUGUUUCUCACAUCUCCCUUUCUCAAACACACAAACACUCUCAAAUCCACUUCUCCUCGACCUCCCUCGACCUUUCUCGAGCUCCAUCGACCUCUUCUACAGCCACCUCGCCACCGGCGACUUCCGACAGGCGGACGAGGCCGCGUCUCGACAACUCACACAACCAAACCCACUUCUCUCUCCUCCAUCCUCACAUUUCAUCUCUCCUCAAACACCACCACUUCAUCCUCUUUCUCCGCCGCUGCUUCCUCGGCCGCCUCCGCAGUCACUUGUGGGAAAGUCUUUGAAUCCAAAUGCAAAAAGGAUGUGCCGGAGAAUCGGACGCUGUAUCCUUUCCCGGCGUUGAUAGGGAGGGGAUACGACAUCUCAACAGAUCUACGGCUCAAGUACUGCAAAGGAGGAGACUCCUCUGAUUCGCGUUUGAUCGAGAUUGAUGAAGACGAUGGCCGUGAAAUCGUUUUGCCCAGUGGAAUUACAAUCUCGAAUGUUUCUAAAUCCAUCCAAUGCGAUAAAGGCGAGCGAACGCGGUUUAGGUCCGAUGUUCUCUCUUUCCAACAGGUAUUUCUUCUUCAAGUUUUGUUGUCGUUUAUUCUUAAUGAUGAUUUCUUAAUCUCUCACCAUAACUCAUAAGAGAUCACUUUCUCCUGCAAAUUAGCAUGCUUUCU